AUGCCGGUUCUGAUUGGUUUAAAAUUGUAUUUUCUCAUUUCCUACAAUUCUUUUAAGAAGUUGAAUAGACACUCCCUUGCUUCCUUCCCCUCUCGUCUCCUCAUCAAAACCCAGUCUCUCAAUCAGAAAUUUCUCCUUAGUUGCUGUUGGUCCUCUAAGACUUUCAAAAUGUCUCAAACACCAUCAUCAUCCAAUACGACUAUUUCAACCUCUUCCUCUGAUCAAGAUUCUAGGACAAUCUCUUCUUGUCUGGACUCUGACGUUCUGGAGAUCUCUUCUCGUAGAAAAGUGGGAACUAACCCCACCAAGGUCAAAGAGUUGAGAACAAGACAUGCAGGAAAGCCCCAACCUUCUGCCUCUGGUAAUCCAUCUCAUCCUUCUUCUUCAGUUCCCUUUGAAAUUGCAAAUAGGGAAGGGACAACCUAUGUUAAUCAAGCAAUAGCAAAAAUUGUUUCAAGAAUUCUGAACGAGAACCACUCAGUUCCUGGCAUUUCUGUUCCUCUGAACCAAGAAAGCUCAAAUGCUGAAACAAAUCCAGAUGUCUCUAAGAAUGUUGAGACAUCAAACAAAGAGAAGAAUGCUGACAUUGCUCACAAGAAAAGAAAGAAGCCCGAAUCCUCUGGAUCUGAUGACAGUGCUUGA